AUGAUGGAUGACAACGGUCAUCAGCGGUUGGAGGAUACAUCUUGUGAGCACGACGAUUCGACCGACUCUCUCCCUUGCAUUCCAACCAUGUGCUGCUGUGGGAACGACGACUGCGCAUUCCAGCAAGAGAACAGCGACGCCUUUGCUUCAUUGGACGAGAAUCUGCGCAAAGCCGGAAGGCUGGGCAAGGUCAGUGUUUUNGCUCUCCUCGUCCGCCAUGAAGCCUAUGUGGCCGAGGCCGAAGAGCAAAAGGCUCAGAUGGAUGCUGAGAUCAUCCGAAUGAUCGAGGAAAAGAAGGAACUCGAAGCCAACAACUCUACACUGAUCGAAGAGAACCGCAACCUGCUCGAUCAACUCGAAGGUCUCAACAAUGCUGCCGUCGAGUCGGACGCCCAUACUCAGUCACUUACUGCAACACUACAUCAAACUCAAGCCGAAUUACACCGACUGAACACACUUGCCGCCCGCACUGAAAGGCUCGAACGGGAGGUUGAGGAGUACGAACAAGAACAGGCCAUUCUCCACGCAUCCCUCGCACACAAGACAGAGUCAGAGAAGACAGCCACCUUGCGAUGGCAGGACGCAGAGAGAAAGCUGGCUGCCAUGGAGAAUCAGCUGGAAAGAAUAGAACGAGAAGCCAGAGACGACAAGGAAAGACAUGUCGAGAUUGUUGGACGUAUGGAGAGGCAACGAGUGGUUGAGAAGGAACUGGAAACUGCUCCUGGUCGACUCAGGGGUGCUGCAGCUGCGAAGACAUCAAAGCAUGGUAGCACUGUCGUCUCGCAUUUCGUCAAAGACAUUCUCCAGGACAACGUCAAUCUGCAAGCUGGAAUCGCCGAGCUGCGUGAGAUGCUCGACAACUCAAACGAACAAGUCGAAGUCCUGAGAGAUCAGCUCGCCCAGUAUACACCCACAGACAUGACUUCCGACGUUGAAUCAACAGCACCGUCUACACGCCCAUCCAACUUGGAAAAGGAAAUCAACAGGGCUAGCUUGCAGCAAGAAGUUCAUGUCCACCACCACUACCACGCCCCUGCCGAACAUUCACGGAAAGCAAGUCUGACGCUCCGCCGUCCUAGGAAGAAGCGCAUUUCUCUCGCUUCUGGUGCCUUUACACCUUCUACAGGCUCGCGUACACCUCGUUCAUCAAUAUCUGCAACCAGCCCGUAUAACCCCUCAUCGACUGCCGCUAUACUGUCACAAACGGCCGCAAGCAUCCCACAUCGAAACGUCAACCGUUGGUCCAUGCAGUCUCACAUGACAGCCAGCUCCAUGCUCAGUUCACCCCAAUCGAUUUAUCCACCAUCGUCUAUUUGGGACCGUGACGAUUCUCUCAUAGACUCGUCUCGACCAACGACGCCAGAUAGCGAGGCGCCAACCUCGCCUUACUUCAUUCACCAGUCUAAAAGAUCAUCAUCAGGGUCGUAUUUUCGUGCCUUACCACAACCGGCCUUUCGCGAUGGCGCUUCAGAUCGUUUUGAAGAUUAUGAUCAGUCACCCUACGAAUUUUCUGCUGAAGGUCAAGGACGGGCUGAUGACCAAGCAAUUACAGCAGGUCAUGGUGCAAUUCUUGAAGAAGACGAAGGGAAUCAUCUGGAUUCUUCUAUGCCAGCAGCUGAUAGGGGUCGUGCUCAUAUGUCUUCUUUCAUUGACGACACUGAGAUCUCGGCUCAUACCAGGCCAACAAUCCUGGACGAGACCAUUUACACGCGCCCUCGGCAUCGCCGGGCUGCUUCGCAUGAAUCCUUAAUAUCCGUGUCUGGCAUGGAUAUUCACACUCUNCAAUCUCGUCCGUCACAGUUGUGGACAGCACAAAGUUCGAGGUCCUUCUCAUCACAAGCCUCUGUCACAGCCACUCUAUCCUUGGCACAUGCUGCUAGGCCUGCAUUAACGUCACGUACAUCAAGCAGUAGCCGUAGUAUAUUGGAAGGAGUGGCGGCUGAACAUAAGGCUUCUAGUACAUCGCCUAGAGGUCUUGGCCAAAGGGUGGGCGGGUGGGUGUUUGGCAAGUGGGGAUCAACCCCUACCCCUACAGUCACCGUGUCUGCACCAAUGGACCAAAUCAAGAUUGACAAGAAGCGCAUGUCAACACUACGACCACCAGGCAUCAAUCAGGCUGGACCCAUAUUUGGAUUCGGGCCAGAGCCACAACUUCCUCGCGAGCCAGUUCUCAAGACGCUGAACGAAGAGGAGCUGUGGCAAUGCUUGAACGAAUGA